CCCAGUUUUUGAAUGCCACAACUUUCCGUGAAUUUGGUUUGGUUUGGACAGAGGCUACGACGCCAUCACAGAUUCGACCACCAACACGCCAGACAUCCACGUCCCUUGUAGAGAAACACCGCCAAAAUGACGAAGGGAACCUCGAGCUUCGGAAAGCGCCACAACAAGUCGCACACUAUGUGCCGCCGUUGUGGUCGCCGCUCUCUGCACGUCCAGAAGCACACCUGCUCCUCGUGUGGCUACCCUGCCGCCAAGACCCGGAAGUACAACUGGAGCGAGAAGGCUAAGCGGAGAAAGACAACGGGCACCGGCCGUAUGCGGUACCUCAGCACCGUCUCGCGCAAGUUCAAGAACGGCUUCCAGUCUGGCGCCCCCAAGGGCUCGCGCGGUCCCAACUCUGCCGCUGCCACGGCCACCUCCUCGUGAGGCAGGGCUGUCAGGAUUAGGGGCGGGGGCGUUGACGGUUUCUUAUUAUUUGUGAACUGUGCCAAGACCAAAAAAGAGACGGUUUAUUUUUCUUCGUCUCAAAAUCACACACAAACAACAACACACACACAUAUGCAAUCCCCGGUAAAGGGACUGUUCCGCGCCAUGACGGAUGGGGCUGGGUUUUGGUCGUCGUGGCCGUCUGGCUGCUUCAGAAAUGGGAAAGGGGGGGACCACUCUUGGCUGUGUGUGAUGGUCGAGACUGGUCACGGCGUUUAAGCAUAUCUCGUUCGGGCUUCCUUCUCGUCAUCAUCAAAAUAAAGUGAAACGACAAAACGACGUGUUUGAUGGAUA